UGCGCCGUAAAGGCAGUUCGUUUUUAAGUCGUGUUUUUUUCGGAUUGCACUUUCUGUUCGCAAUGAAUACGCGAGCUUUCGCCUUUUUCAAGAGAUCAUGGCACGUCUUAUUUGUUAUUUUUUCCGCACUGUGGGGCUUAGCUUUCACCGUGUCUCGGUACUCCAUCCCGGAGGAAACUACAGUAGGAACUGUGAUGGCAAAUUUAGCCGCGGAUUUGGGUUUGGACGCGCGCAGCCUCGCGGAGCGCAACGUGAAGCUCGACUACAUCCACAACAAAAAAUACCUGGACAUUAACAAAGAGACCGGAGACAUGUUCAUAACCGAAACGAUCGACAGAGAGCACAUUUGUCCCGCAAAGACGUCUUCAUCCUGCUUCCUUAAAAUGGACGUUGUCAUCGAAAAUCCCUUACGCAUAUUCAACCUCGAGCUGGAAAUCAUGGACAUAAACGAUAACGCCCCUCAAUUCAGGAGGGAGCGCAUACCGCUGGAUAUCUCAGAAUCAGCGAGGCCUGGAGAGAAAUUUUCUUUAACCAACGCAGUCGACGCUGAUGUUGGAGAAAACUCGAUUAAGACUUACUUCCUGAGCCAAAGUGACGAGUUUACCAUUGAGAUUCAGUCAGGAAGCGACGGCACGAAAUACGUGGACCUGGUUCUACAAGCACCUCUGGACAGAGAAAAGCAGGCUGUGCAUAGCCUCAUCCUCACAGCCAUGGAUGGUGGCACACCAGCACGAACUGGUACUGCCACAGUCAUUGUGAAAGUGCUGGACACUAACGACAACACUCCUCAGUUUGACCGGCAGGUGUAUUCAGUCGAUCUGGUCGAAAACGCCCGGGUUGGUACGCUGGUCAUGCAGCUCAACGCAACAGAUACAGACGAAGGCACGAAUGCUGAGGUUGUGUACUCGUACACCCUGUACACGUCUGAAAAAACACAGGAAAAGUUCUCGCUGGAUCCCAAAAGCGGAGAAAUCAGAGUGAAAGGUGUGAUCGAUUAUGAGGAGUCGAGAAGUUUCGAAAUGUAUGUUGAAGCCAAGGACAAAGCAGUAAGUCCACUUUCAGCACAAUGCAAAAUAUUAGUGUUCAUCACAGACUUAAAUGAUAAUUAUCCUGACAUUACAGUUAAAUCGUUCAAAAGCUCAGUUAAGGAGAACGCACCUAUGGGAACAGUGAUAGCAGUGGUCAGCGUGAGUGACAGAGACUCUGGAGAUAACGGCAAAGUUCUUCUUUCCUUACAUGAUGCUGAAGUGUUGCCUUUUCUUCUAAAUAAAUCAUCUGAGGAUUACUUUGAACUGACUAUCAAAGAUCCAUUAGACCGUGAGAAAGAUUCUAGUUAUGAGAUCAUGCUUCAUGUUAUGGAUGGAGGAACACCUCCGCUCUCCGACAACGAGACUAUUAGCUUGGAGAUCCUGGAUGUUAACGACAACGCUCCUGAGUUUCCUCAGUCCUUUUACACGAUUCACCUUCCUGAAAACAACGAGCCAGGUGAGUUGCUCUGCUCUCUCACUGCACAUGACCCAGAUCUGAAUGAAAACCAGUACCUUGUCUAUUUCAUAGUAGAGAAAGAGAUCUCCAACAUGUCUGUGUCUACACUGUUCUCGGUAAACCCAGAAAAUGGGAACCUGUAUGCUCUACGUGCCUUUGACUUUGAACGUGAGAGGGAGUUUCUCUUUCACAUAGUAGCUCAAGACUCUGGUGUUCCACCUCUGAGUAGCAAUGCCACAGUGCGUGUGGUCAUUCUUGACCAGAACGACAACUCGCCUCAAAUCGUGUCACCGUGGAGGGCUCAGGACUCUGUCGUCGACCAGGUGAUUCCACGAGCUGCUGAUCAGGGCUCACUGGUGGCAAAGGUCAUCGCACUGGAUGCAGACUCAGCACAGAACUCGCGUGUCACAUACCAGUUCCUCCAGGUUACUGAUGCGUCGCUGUUCACUUUGGACCGCUACAACGGUGAGGUGCGGACCGCUCGCAUGUUUACCUACCGAGAUCCCAAACACCAGCGACUUGUGAUUGUAGCCAAAGAUAAUGGAGAACCUCCACGUUCUGCUACAGUCACCAUUAAAGUGACCACUGUGGAGCAAACAGUGGUCACGCAGUUAACUGAGACGACAGAGAUGCCGAUAGAAUAUGACCUGUUCACAGAUUUGAACCUGUACCUCUUGCUCAGUCUGGGAUCUGUGUCUUUUCUGCUGCUCAUCACCAUUUUGGUCAUCAUUGUGCUGAAGUGUCAGAAGCCCAAACCCUCCAAAGCAGCUGUUCACAGUCGAAACAGUGUCGCCAGCCAGAGGAACUCGACCAUCGGUGACUCCACCCUCAUCUCCAGUGAUGCUUACUGGUACAGUCUGUUUCUAGCUGAAACGCGGAAAGGAAAAGUAGUGGUUCGACAGCCGUUGCCCAACGGCACCGGCUUCCUCGUGUCUAGUAUACCACGGAGCGCUGCUCUCACGACCACCAGCGAAUCGAGAUCUUCCACACUGCAGGAAUCCAGCAGUGAUCUACCUUGAUCCUGAAUCUUCCUCAUAGAUCAUCAUCCUGGAUGAACUUUUAUCUUGACC